GUUAACAGUUGCUGCCGAUCAUAGAGUCAGUUCGAACUUUGUGACAACGCGUCAAGAAAAAGCAAUGCGGUACCUCUUAUGUGCGCUUGGGGUGUGGAGUCUCUUGUGCAUCGCACCAUCUUCAUCCUUCCUUGUGCCGUCUCGAUCUGCUCACCCAUGGACUGUGAGUCAGAGAACCUUGACUGCACCGCAAUUUACUUCCCUUUAUGCCAAAUCGGGUAAGAAGAAGAAAAAGCCAAAAGGAAAUACGAUAUGUGUGAAUCGACAAGCGCGAAGAAACUAUGAAAUUGUCGACACAUUAGAAGCUGGAAUUUCUCUACUGGGGACAGAAGUUAAGUCUAUUCGAGACGGUAAAAUGAACCUUCAAGAUGCUUUUGUGAAACCUUCCUCAAAUGGAAGGUCGUGCACCUUAAUGAAUUGCCACAUUGGUAAACAUACUAUGUCAGGGGCUUACUUUCAACACGAAGAGCGACGCCCAAGACCUUUGCUUGUCCAUAGGAGCGAGGCGCGGAAGCUCUUGCAAAAGACCGAAACAACGGGAAUGACAAUAGUUCCUCUCAAAGCAUAUUUCAAUGAUGACAACAAAGUAAAAAUACAGAUAGCUUUGGCUAAAGGGAAAAAUGUCAGAGACAAGAGACAGGACAUUAAGGAUCGAGAUCUAAAACGAGAGACUAGUCGAAUAAUCAAAAACUUCCGAGUGUGAGAAUAAAACAUUAUUGAUGAAAGAGACGAGCAGGACUUGAAACCAACGUUUCAUGACAGGUCGAAAACGGUUCUUGAUUUGUAAUCUGUAUUGCAAACUCAACACAAUUGCUACUUAUUUUAUUUCUGUGAUAUGGCUUAUUCACAACAGUACUCGAUACGUACGAUAUUUCACUCCUAUUAUUUUUAAGAUUAAUCUCUCAAUUUAAUCGCCCGAUACAAUUAGGUGCUCCACAAGUGCACUUCAAACUUCCAUCUUCCACCGGAAACUUAUAAUCGUACGUAAUCUCUUCCCCAGCUUUAAUAUCGAUGUGAGAAAAUAUCACGAUUUUGUUUUCUUGUCCGUAAUCCGUGUCAACAGUGAUAACCUUAGCAUAAGCAUUAGGUUGGCAACAGUGAUUCAUGAAUCGUGCCAUGCACCCGAUUUUGGUAGCGUCUACGAUUCGGUUCAGAUCAAGACGGAACAUGUAGCAAGAUCCUUCACCAGAUAUCUCGUAGGCUUUUUCACGCGCAUCUGCGACACUCUUCCGAAUGAUUUCACCCAUGUAUUCAACUAUCAUGGUGUCCUUCGGAAGAUCAACUUUCGUGAAGAGACCCCAGCCAUGAAUGUGUGAACGCUUUGGGCACAAUCGUUGUUCGAUCGGGAUAGCUUUCAUUCCGCGAUACAUGCGUUGGAUUUUGCUUCUAUCCGCCUUAAUCUCUGUGUCCCUUUUCCUGCCGCCAAUUGAAUUAUUCAGAGCACCCCCAUCACUAUUCUCUUCAUUCUCGGCAUUUCGAACCAAUGCUCUCGUUAUACGACCACU